UCUUUUAUUUUGGAAUCAAAACCGGAACCGGAAGUGAGGCUUUGGUUCUUUAGGAAGUAAACAAACCCUGGGCAGCUCAGUGUGAGAUUCAGAGUUUCUGUUCAGAUUGUCGUUCAGUGUUUCUUACUGUCGUCUGAUAAUGUUACAGUUUUGUGUGUGUGACAGAUAGACGUAUGACCUCCUCGGCUGUCACACUGUGUAGUACAGCAGCUCCAUCAUGUCAAGGAAACAGUCAGGAAAGCCCAUAAAGGGAAACAGGAAGUGUGAAUUAGAGAGGAAGCGAGACGAGAGAGCGGCCCGCCGGGCUCUGGCCAAAGACAGGAAGAACAGACCUCCAGGAGGAGAUGAUGGAGAGGAGUUUGUCAGCUUCUCCAACCAGCUUCAGGCUCUGGGGCUCAAACUCCGCGAGGUGCCUGGAGACGGGAACUGUUUGUUCCGGGCUCUUGGAGAUCAGCUGGAGGGACAUUCGCGAGGUCACCUGCGUCUGCGGCAGGAGACGGUACAGUACAUGAUGACACACAGCCAGGACUUCGAGCCCUUCGUUGAAGAUGACGUGCCAUUCACAGAGCAUUGUAAGAGAAUUUCAAAGCUCUCUAAUAAACAAAGGAAAGAGCAACAGCGCCUAGAAAAGAAGAAACGUCAGGAGGAGAGACAUAGACAGAAGGUUUUACAGGGCAGAGGGUCACAUGAUCAAAAUCAGAACAUACCUGAAGCCGUCACUCUUGUGCCAGCGCUCAGCACCCUGAGCAUCUAGAGCAAACAUGGGAAACUAUUUUAGGUGGUCUGUACACUGUGUAAUGAUCUAGAAACUUAAUAGUUUAAAUGUACAAGAAACUGUGUUGUAUGAUUGAUGGUGCUUUUCUUUAGCACAAGGAGGACGUCAAGGCUGUAAGCUGUGCUUGAGAUUGCUGGCGACUGCAUUUAUAGUCAAAUAUUAACCCUCAUUAAUUUCAGUUGACCCAUCUGAGCUCAGCCAAAGAACACUUGGAAAGGGAACCAAAAUAUUGAGAGGAGAAAGAGUUGAAGAUUAAUAAUGGACCACUGUUUAAGCCUGUCGGUUCUGUUUCUACAUUCAGUUUCUGCAUUCGAAUGAUCAGUGUUUUAAUUUAGCGUUUUCAAACAGUUGGGCAACUUCAUAUUCUGCAGUGGAAUUCUAUAAAUAAACAUUUUCAAUGGUGUACUAUUAAAUAUUAUUCUCUAAAAUGGGUGAAUCUCAGGAAAUUGGUCAAG